AUGUGGUCUCGCUCAUGCAAGGUCUCGCGAAGCUGUUUGCUCCCCUUUCUAGGAGUCUUUCUCUUCAUCAUCCAGCUUGGUCUUUCUCUGGGAGACCUGCCUUCGAUAAGGCUGAUGCAAGACAUCGUCUGCAAGCGCCAUUACGAAAUCACGAAGGAUGAGUUACUCUCGGAGGAAGAGUGUCGGGGAGAGGAUGUACAGCAGGAGCUCAACACCAUCGUGAUGGGGAUUCUCAUCUCGUUGACUGUGUCCAGCGCUCUUGUGGCUUUUCCUCUUGGUAUUAUCGCAGAUCGAGUCGGCCGCGUCCCCAUCCUCAGUUUGAGCAUCCUCAGCAUGCUACUAUCUCAAGCAUACGUUGAAGCACUCUGGGGCCUUGGUGUUCCAUUGCUGCUGGGUGGUGGACGAAGCGUUGCGGAAGCCAUGGUCUUUGCCAUCAUCGCAGACGUGGUCCCCGACAAGAAACGUGCAGUAUGGUUUCAGUGGAUAGUCGCGGCUGUACUUUCGGGGCAACUCCUUGGGCCUCUAUUGGCGGGUGUUCUCGUUCAACCCUCAAUAUGGCUACCGCUCUGGAUAUCACUCGGCUUGAUCACCUUUGGAGGCGUCAUUCUCGCUGUCUUUACGCCAGAGACGCUGAGGAGGGGACAGACUCCAGACAUCUUCAACCUGGACCCGAGCAACCCUGCUACUUGGGCAACGCUCAAAUUCAUCUUCCAGAGGCCGAUGGUUUGGCUCUUGCCCGGCGCUGUUUUGACAAUUCCUCUCGCGACUAUUCAAUCUGAUAUUUCUAUCCGCCUGAUGCCCAUUCAGUUCGACUGGCGUUUGGACCAGUCUAUACUCCUCAUCUCUCUACGUAGUCUGGCUAUGCUUGUUACACUCUGUGUGUUACUACCAGCCGCCUCUUACCUCUGGACCAAGCUGUCGACAAUAACAUUCCCUCACCAGCGAGAUCGUAUCUUCGCUCGAGCAAGUUCACUCCUCUUCCUCGCCGGGAGUACGUGCAUGAUGAUGGUGUCUGAUAAAACCUUGGUCAUGACAGGUCUUGUCGUCUCAGCGCUGGGUUCGGGCAUCCCGAUGCUGUGCCGCGCGAUGUUGGUCGGUGCGACGGGACAGGAGCGGGCCGGGACCAUGUUUGGCCUGCUGGCGGUCUGGGAGGUGCUAGGGUUUCUGGGAUGUGAGAUGGGCAUGGGAGCGCUGUUUGGAGUCGGGUUGAAGACGUGGAUUGGCAUGCCUUUUUGCCUGGGGAUGCUGGUGGCUUUCGGGAUAGCUACGGCGACAUGGAUAGUCCCACGGAGGCUGCUAAUGACCAGAAAUAUGGGACGAGACGUGGAAAGUUUGUAG